AUGGCUCAAGAGAAUGACAUCAUGUUUGAAGAUUACUUUCCGUCAAUGGUAGAGAGCAUGGGCGCUGAUCGAUUUAUUGCAGAGCUGUGUUAUGGGUUCUGUCUGUUGAUGGAUCAUGCAAAGGGUCUCAUCACGUUCGAAAGCCUGAAGCGAAACACCUGGCUUUUGGGAGUGCAAGACUUGGGAGACGAGGAACUCUUCUGUAUGUUAAAAGAAGGAGAUUUGGAUGGUGAUGGAGCACUGAAUCAAAAAGAGUUUUGUGUUCUCAUGUGCACAUUGAGUUUGGGUUCCAUGAACAACUCAAGAAG